CUGACCUCCAGCACACCCGCCUGACCUGCCAGUGUUUACAAACCAGCAGCCAGUCUCACAGCGCCAGAAUGAGGGUCCCUGCGUGAUCCGGACAGGAACAUCCUGGCCUUCUGAGUCUUGACCUGGGAGAAUCUUGCAGCUUUGUCAUCCAGCUGGGCCGCAGUCAUGCAGCACCCCAACUUUGAGACCCGCCACCCGCUCCAGACAGACGAGCAGCAGGAGACCGGUUUCGACCCGCUUCACAAUUUCAACAAAAAUCGCAGCAGAGGAUCUCUUGACGGCAGCUUCUCCUCCCAGUCUCAGUCCACCUUCCUCUCCUACAGAAAAGAAUGGGACGACUUGUUCCUCAACAGUAAUUACCUGGCCAGGAUCCGGCAGGCUGGCGUCAACGGUCGGCUGAGGAGUAGUCGCUUCCGGAGCGUUUGCUGGAAGCUGUACCUGGAGGUCCUUCCUGAGGACAAGGGCCAGUGGAUCAAGAGGACCAAGGAGCACCGGGCUCAGUAUGAGAAAAUCAAAGAGAUGCACAUCACUAACCCCCGUAAAGCUGCGGGCCAGCAGGACCUGGUCGUCAACAAUCCGCUGUCCCAGGAUGAGGGGAGUUUGUGGAACAAGUUCUUCCAGGAUAAAGAGCUGAAGGGGAUGAUCAAGCAGGACGUUUUUAGGACGUUCCCUGAGAUCUGUUACUUCCAGAACGAGGACGUGAGGACCAAGCUGACCGACAUUCUCUUCUGUUAUGGCAGAGAGAACGAGCAGCUGCUCUAUAAACAGGGGAUGCACGAGUUGCUGGCCCCCAUAGUGUUUGUGCUGCACUGUGACCAUCAAGCCUUCCAACAUGCCAGCGAGACGGCCAGCCCCAGUGACGAGAUGAAAUGCUUGUUGGAUCCUGCGUACCUCGAACACGACGACGCCAUGUUCUCACAGCUGAUGGAGACGGCGGAGCCGUGGUUCUCCACCUUCGAGAGGGAAGUGAGGAAGGGUAAGGAAGAAAUGCUCACCAGCAUCCCCUUCGCCCGGCCCCAGGACGCUGGCCCGUCGGUCGCCGUGGUGACCAAAGUGAACCGCAUCCAGGACCAGCUGGUGAAGAAGCACGACAUCGAGCUCCACAUGCACCUGAACCGGCUGGAGAUCGCUCCGCAGAUCUACGGCAUCCGGUGGGUUCGCCUGCUGUUCGGCCGUGAAUUUCCCCUCCAGGACCUGCUGGUGGUGUGGGACGCUCUGUUCGCCGACAGCAUCACUCUGGAUCUGGUGGACUACGUCUUCGUGGCCAUGCUGCUCUACAUCCGAGAUGCUCUAAUCGCAAGCAACUUCCAGACCUGCCUGGGAUUACUGAUGCAUUACCCUCCCAUAGGCGACAUCAACGCUUUACUGCAAAAAGCUCUGUUCCUCCGAGAUCCCAAAAAUAAUCCACGCCCGGUGAACUACCAGUUUCAGCAGAACCUGGAUUACUACAAAACAAGAGGAGCCGAUCUGAUGAACAAGACACGGUCCGCCUCUUCGGCGAAAGCCGCCCCGCUGAACAUCAACAAAGUGUCCAGCAGCCUGCUUAGCUUCGGCAGGAAGCUCAUCGCUCCGGCCAUGUCGGGCGUGUCCAGCAGCGUCGCCCCCAUCAACAGCGAGGUGUUCUCCUCGUCCUCCUCCUCUUCCUAUUCCUCUUCGUCCUCCUUCACGCCUCCUGCCUCGGCGCCGGCGCCCGCCCUGUCUCACCCGCUCGCUGAGCCCUCGACACCGCCACCGGAGCAGCCGCAGGUCCGAGGCCAGACGCAGAACUACCGUCUGCUGAAGUCUGAAAGCAUGCCGGUCCACCUCAGCAAAGAUGGAGUUUCAGGUGCAGUGUCUCGGGGGUCUCUCCCAGAACAGACUCUUACUGACACACAAGGCCAAAGCUCCAGGACGAUCAGCUCCUCCCCCAGCACGGAGAGCCUUUCUGGUGGGCGGGGCCAGUCCACUGCGUCCCCGCCCCUCCCGCCCUCCAGAGGGAGUGAUGUCAGCUGCUCGUCUCCUCCACUCUCGGCCACCAAGAAGGAAUCCUUCUUCAACAUCGCCCGCUCCCGCUCCCACAGCAAAAGCAUGGGCAAGAAAGAGACGGACGAGGAUCUGGAAGCCCAGGUGUCCUUCCUGCAGGGCCAGAUUAACGACCUGGAGGCCAUGAGCAAGUACUGCGCCAAGAUGAUGAAUACGCACAUCUGUAAAAUCCAGGAAGUGAUUCUGCAAGAGCACCUGGAGAAAGAAGAUGAAGUCCUCGUCUCUCUAGCUGGACUUAAACAGAUCAAAGACAUCCUGAAGGGAGCGCUGCGCUUCAACCAGAGUCAGCUGGAGGCCGAGGAGAACGAGGAGAUCACCAUCGCCGAUGACCACUACACCUCCACCGCCGCCGCCACGGAAACCUCCCUGGGCAGCGCGCGUCACCACGAUGACCGGCUUCAGGGAGGCGACAGCAACGCGCAGAGCAGAGAGUCCUAUCUGGACCGGGGCGCGAGUACGGACGAGAAGGAGGAGGAGGAGGAAGAGGAGAAUGAGGAGGAGGAGACAGCGGCGAUCCCGCCUGAGCAGCAGGUGGUGUCGUCUCUGGUCUCCGAGGGAAAGAACUGGGACGAUUAUAUCCUGGUGCCUGAGGACGGAGACCUGCUAGCCGAAGGGAGGGAAGGCGAAGGAAAGCUGCCGCUGCCAGUGAGGCGAGGGCGCGCCGCUGUGCGAACGGAGCCCGAAGGCUCACCCGGGACUUUUCACGACCCCUUGAUGACUGGCGCCACUUCGGGCUCCUCCAGCCCGGAGGAGGGCUCCACCAACAGCAAGGACUCCGACUUCACCAUAGUUAACCCUAACGACCUGUGAGCAGACGGCAGUUCUCCCUCUCUUGCACCCGUUCUGGAGGUCUGAUGAAACUGAGUUCACAGGGUAGGGAACCACCUGCUGUUGGUGCCGCACCACUAAGAAGUUGCACAUGUGUGGACUGUGACAUGGAGAAUCACAAACGGCCCGACUCUUCAUCUCUUUAGCCAUCAUCUGUACCAUGCAAGUCCUGUCUGAACUGAUGCUGUAAGCUGUCUCAUCCAACCGCCUGCUAGGCCUUUUUAUGCAUUGCUCCCCCCCCCCCCAACCUGUUUCCUAUUAUGAUUAUUGUAGUGCCAUUCUCUGUGGAGAGAGGGCGCUGUCUGACUGCUUUACUCCAUCACUACACGGUAAUACUGAAGGACCUGAGACUGCAGUUUUCCUUGCAGGAGAAAACUUUCUCCUCCUGCGCUGCUGGUUGGGAGUGCGAGGAUGUUUUUGUAUGAAUGCGGAGAUCCAGCCAUACUUCUGCCUGUGGUGUGUAUGCGUGUGUGUCCUCAUGGAGGACGCCGUCUUCUCUUCUCCAACACUGUAACAGAAAGGACGAGGUCAGCUUUCUCCCGCUUUUAAACCAGUGCCUCUGACCAUUCUUCUCUCAGCCAAACAAAACCUAACUCUGUGAUCUUUUUUUUUUUUUGUUAUUGUCUAGAAUUAAUAUUUUUUAACCCUUUAGAUUGUUGAUUUCCAAGAUAAAGUCUUUAAAUUAAGGAAUGAGUCUGAUUUAAUCUUUGUUUUUAGAUCUCCUCUUGUGGACAUUUUAAUGUGAUUGGUUGGUUCUCUCGUCGGAUGUGGGUUGUUCUGUUCUGUGCAAAUCAUGUGCGGCGGCACGCAAAGAAUGUUCCUCCGGCUGCCCGUUCAGCAUAAUUAAACCUAGAUCAAUAAAAACUAUAUUGCUCUUGCUACAAGCUGA